AUGAAGUUGACCUUCCUCUGGGCCCUAUUGAGCCUGCCAGUUACUUUGGCCUUCAAUCCAGAUUAUGAAGAUGACCUCAUCCCUCCUCCCUACUUGGUCUACCUGAAAUCAAAUUACCUGCCCUGCACUGGAGCCCUAGUUCACCCGCUCUGGGUCAUCACAUCAGCUCACUGCAACCUACCGAAGCUAACAGUGGUCUUGGGGGCCACAAACCCAGGAGACCUGAGUGAAAACCAUCUGCAAGUGGUAGGCUAUGAGAAGAUGAUCCACCACCCAUACUUCACAGUCACUUCCAUUGAGUAUGACCUCAUGUUAAUCAAGCUGAAAAGGAAGAGCCACCUCAAUGAGUAUGUGCAGCUGGUCAACCUUCCCCACCAGGAUGUCCCUGAAAACACCAUGUGCACUGUCUCCACCUGGGCCUACGACUUGUGUGAUAUCUCCAAAGACCCUAACUCAAUGCAGAGGGUGAACAUCACCGUGAUCCCCAAGGCGCAGUGCCAGGAUGCCUAUAGAACCCACCGCAUUCGAGAAAGCAUGCUGUGCCUGGGCAUCGUGCCUGGAAGGAGGCUGCCCUGCAAGGAAGUAACGGCUGCCCCAGCAGUCUGCAAUGGGACACUCCAUGGAAUCCUGGCUUUUGCGGAUGGGUGUGUGCUGAGAGCAGAUGUUGCCAUCUACACCAGAAUCUUUAGCUACAUGUCCUGGAUCCAAAAUAUCAUCCAAAACCACUGAGCCCCCAUGGGAGUAGUUCCAGGCCAUGUGACACAG